CCGGGACAACCAAGGUAGGACAGAAACAUUCUCUGAUCAGUUAUAUUGACACCUGAUACAAUAGUUGUUGUGGUGCUGAUUUUCCUUUGCACCCGUUUGGAAUGUUAUCGAAUGGACGUAAUCAGUGGUUAUCAGCCCCAUAACUAACAUUAGAAAUGUGGACCGUAAAUGUUGUGGAUUUCACUUCAUGUUUCAUUGGGAUUUAUGUUAUAACCAGUGUGAUAUUUAACACAGAGUUUUUCAUUAGGUCUAACUGGAGCUGGUCUUAUCUCUGUGUUGGAGGCUGAACCUGGACCUGGGCCAGACCGAUGCAACCAGAUGGCCGUGGACAGUGGUAAGACCGUAGUGCUGGCAGCACUUGGCCGGCCCUUCAGUCUGGGGAUGCUCUACGACUGUCGCAACGACUCACUGAUCCCCGCUCUGACACUUUGGAACCGGGAGGCCUUAGAGAAAGAAGCAAAUGAAAUACCCCAACCAAACAGUGACUUUGAGAUAGUUGCAUCUGACUCCAUCGAAGACAAAUAUUCUGCGUUGAAUGUUGAAGCUUCACUGCAAGCCAGUUUUCUGUGUGGACUGGUUGAGAUAGGAGGCUCUGCUAAAUAUCUCUCAGAUUCUAAGAUUUCCAGCAAUCAGGCUCGAGUGACACUAAAAUACAAAACCACCACGAAGUUCAAAGAGCUGUCAAUGAAUCACAUUGGCAGAGAUAAUGUGCAACAUCCAUAUGUGUUUGAGUUGGAACAAGCAACACACGUAGUGACAGGAAUCCUUUAUGGGGCACAAGCCUUCUUUGUGUUUGACCGUGAGGUGUCACAAAAGGAAAAUAGGCAAAACAUCGAGGGCUAUCUAAAGGUGCUGAUCAAGAAGACAGCCAACUUGAAGAUAGACGGUCAUGGUUCUCUGAACAUGGCAGACAAGGACAUUGAAAAUGUUGACAAGUUCUCCUGCAAGUUCCAUGGGGACUUUAACCUUGAGAAAACACCUGCGACUUUUCAGGAGGCAAUAGAAGUCUAUCAAAGCCUACCUAAGUUGUUGGGAACCAACGGAGAGAACGCAGUGCCUCAGAAGGUCUGGUUAAUGCCACUGAAGACUCUAGAUUCUACUGCUGCUCAACUGGUUCGACAGAUUAGUGAUAGUUUAAUCAGGGAUGCUCAGAAUAUCCUGGAGGACCUCAGCGAGCUGGUAAGGAGAUGCAACGAUGCAGAAAGAUGCAAGACAGCCCAAGUUAAGAAAAAUGUGAGAACUUUCAAAGAACUGGUUUUGCAGCAUAAACUAAAGCUCCAGAAUAAUAUGAAAAGGACACUCCCAUUGAUCCGAGGAGGAGGAGAGGAGGAAGGUGUUCUUGCAAAAAUCCUGGAAAAAGUACAUUCUUCUCCUUUCCAAAUUGAUAAACUGAAUGAGUGGAUGGAUUGCAAAGGGACAGAAAUGAUAAUCAUGAGCUCUCUGAUUGACAAGAUGUCCAAAAUUGUGAUCGUCACAAGUCGCACAACUCUGCAACAGGAGAUCCACAGUGCAGAUAUCACACAUGCUGUGUGCUUUGUCUUUACCUCCCUGGAAGCCCCAGAGCCUUACCUUUCAGCUCUGUCAAAGCACUUGGAUGAAACCCAAACAGACAACGUGUCAUGUGCUUAUGAUGUGGAAAAGGAACCAUGGUUCUCCUCAGAUGACGUAAUGGACAAGGUGCAAGAGAAAGUAAAAGUCUUUAAAGAUUUUGCCGAAGCAAACAAAGAGAACAAAAGCAUCAGGUUUCUAACAGCUGAGAAGAGAGACAAUGUAAAGAAAGGUGCAACUCUCCACCUCUACAAGGAUGGCUCCUUAGUCACCGACAACUUUGAACCACCUUCAAAGCCAGGGAUGAUCAUACGUGACAUCACCCAUAACAGUGUAACACUGAAUAUUUCCCCACCUCGAUCUGGGUUGACAACUGACACCAGCUACACUGUUGAGUUCUGUGUCCAUGGAGAUGAUGUUUGGCAUCAACAAAUGGAGAUAGUGGCUGGAGAUGUCACAGUGUCCAGCUUGAAGAUUAAUGAAGAUUAUCAGAUCAGGUGUAGAGCCAAGUGUGCAGUCGGCUUCGGUUCGGCUUGUGAAGGUAGCGCUUUUAAAACCUUAAAAAAAAAAAAAUCUAAUCCUACAGAGUCAUCAGUCAGCUGGGAAAAGCCAUCUGAUAGACUAGCUAUAUCAAUCAAAAAAUUGAGCAAAGAAUUAAAACCUGGUUCUCCUUCAGUGUUCAAGUUACCCCUGAAGCAAAACCAUAUUAGGAUAGAUGGAUGCAAGAGCUACACAUUUGGCGAGGACAGCGUGAGGCCAAAUCGCACUCUCAUGUUUCUGGGGGCAACAGGUUCGGGGAAGUCAACUCUGAUCAAUGGAAUGAUCAACUACAUCCUGGGCAUAGAUUGGGAAGACUCUUUCCGCUUCAAACUUAUCGAUGAGGACCAAUCGAAGUCACAAGCUGAAAGUCAGACUCCCGAAGUAACCACCUACAAAAUCAACCACCAAGAUGGCUUCCGAGUUCCUUAUUCUCUAACCCUUGUUGACACUCCGGGUUUCGGCGACACAAAGGGUAUAGUGAGAGACGGGGCGAUCACAGAGCAGAUCAGGACACUCUUCACCUCGGAAAAGGGAGUCCUUGAGAUAGAUGCAAUUUGUUUUGUCCACCAGGCCUCUCAAGCAAGACUAACGCAUACACAGAAGUACGUGAUCGAUUCGGUGCUGUCCAUCUUUGGUAAAGACGUGGCAGAGAACAUUUGCAUUCUGGUCACAUUUUCAGACGGUCAGCCGCCUCCUGUUCUCGCGGCGAUCAAUGCUGCUAAUAUUCCAUGUCCUAAAACAGACAUAGGACUUCCAGUGCACCACAAAUUCAACAACUCUGCACUUUUUGCUGAAAAUAAUUCUUUCAGUGACAUAGCUGAUCAAGGCUCCAAAUCAUCAAAUAAUCCCCCCCCCAAAAAGAUGGAGGCUAAAAACUUUGAUGCAAUGUUUUGGGAAAUGGGGGCAAGCAGCAUGGAAAAAUUCUUUGCUGCCUUGGGACAAAUGACCACCAAGAGCCUGCAGUUAACCAAAGAGGUUCUCAACGAGCGAAAGCAGUUGGAGGUGGCUGUGGAAGGAAUCCAGGCCCAGAUACGGGCGAGUUUGGCGAAACUAGAAGAGAUCCGAUCAACCAAAGAACAGAUCGAAAAGCACAACGCCGACAUCAGUUGCAAUGAAAACUUUAAAUUUGAAGUUGAAAUCCUCAAGCCUGUCCAAAUAGAGCUUACAAAAGAGGGAGAGUUCAUCACUAACUGUCAGCAGUGUUCAAUGACCUGCCAUUACCCCUGUGCCAUAGCAGACGAUAAAGAAAAGAGUGGCUGUGCUGCCAUGAGUGGUGGGAAAUGCAGGGUUUGCCCUGGAAAUUGUCCCUGGGAAGUACAUUUCAACCAGAAAUACAAGUGGGACUACGUCAAAGAGAAGCAGAAGAGGACGAUAAAAGAAUUGAAAGAGAAGUAUAAAAAAGCCACGGAGGCAAAGAUCUCAGUUGAGGAACUGAUUGAACACCUGGAAGAGGAUGUUGUCAUACUGCAGGAUGAGAUCAUGUCCAUGAUAAAAAAGUCAUCUCACUCUAUAGCUCGGCUGAAGGAGAUAGCUCUGCGGCCUGACCCGCUGAGCACGCCAGACUACAUCGACCUGCUCAUUCAGGGAGAGAAGUCAGAGGGCAAAGAGGGUUACCUGGCACGGAUUGAGUCUCUAGAAAAAAUUAAAGAAAAUGCCCAAAUCAUGGCCAAGGUUUCAAAAGGAGAGCCGCUAACCAGCACACAGGAUCAAUACAUUAAGGACAGAAAGAAAAGGAAAGAAGGAAAGGGAAUUCGGAUGGGUGGUUGGUUUAAGAAUCCGUUUUGAGUCUGGGGUCCUCCUCAAGGUCUCCUCCCGAGGGAGGCGCGCAGUGGGCAAACUUACCAGAUGCCCGAACUGGCAUAGGGUUAGAGCUAACAAAUGAUUUCCACUAGGAUGGGCAACACAUUUUUCCUUGGAUUAGACACCAAAACAUUUCAUUUGAAAGAGAUGGCAUUCGUUUCAAAUAGAGAUAUGUGAUUUUUUUUUAUAUGACAGCAAUUACAAAGCACAGGUCUUCUGUUUUUAUAGUUUAUAGUAGUAUCCUUCUCAGGUAUUGGCCUUUGUUCUCUUCACCUCCUUUCUUCCGCUGUAACUCGUUAUGUUCAGGUUCGAGCGUAUACGUUUUGUCACAACUUUGUACAGAUUUUUGACAGAGGCAACCAUUUCCCUCUGUAUUUUUUAACAAUUUCAGAAAAAGUAUACAAAUAAAAUGUAAUUAAUUAUAGGAGGUUAUAAUUAAUUACACCCCUAAUUUCCACAAUAGGUAUCACAGCAAUUUACAUCCUUCUUCUGCUACGUUAACUCAUUUUAUGCUUGUUCUUUGAUAUAAUAACACAGAUGCUGUUGAUGAAAACCGAGAAAUGAAAUUGUGAUCAAUAUUUGUUGGUUGUAAAUGUGAUUAUGAAUAUGUUAGAGGAAAUAAUAACAGAGGCUGUAAAAAUUAUAUUUACAAAAGUAUAAUAGCCUGCUAUAUGUCAUCUUACUUUUUCAAA